UUGACAGGUUAAGUACCCCCCUUGGCAAUGAGUGGUUGGCUCCGAGACCAGCUGACUGUGCCAUGAGGAAGUGAGAGAGAGAUGUCCUUCCUCAACUUUCUCAAGUUUCCGCAAGACAUAUUGUGACACUUCAAGAAACCAUGGAAGGAAAUCUGGUGGAUCUGGACGUCCCGGACGUCAGAAAAGAUUCCAUCAAAGUCGAGAAAGCAACGCCAAGAGCCAGGGAAGGAACUUUAGUUGACUUGGAUGUGGGACCUCCUCCUGUUGUUGUUGGAAAAGAUCCUACCACCGAAACUACAGUAGAGGAAAAGGAAAUAGCGAAAGAACCACAGUCAAAACUCUGCGGUUAUCUGAACAAGAAGGGAGACAGAGGACUUGUCAAAGUUUUCAGGCAGCGAUGGUUCGUCUUUGAGCCUAGGAGAUGUCGUCUGUAUUAUUACAAGUCGUCGGAAGAUGCGACGGCUCUUGGGUCCAUUGACAUCGCCGGGGCUUCUUUCUCGUUUGACCAGGGAGAGCAGGAAGGCAGGGCGGGGCACUUUGAGAUCAGCUCCGCUGACCGGACAUUCGUCCUACAGGCUGCUGACCAUAGCACCAUGAUGUUCUGGUUGCAAGAGUUACAGCUGAGGAGGCGACACUACAGUCAGCUGCGCACCAGUAUGGCACGGACGUUCUCCACUUCAGCCAUGGCCUCUGCGUCCGUGUUACCACCCAAGAGCGGUUUACUGAAGCAGCAAGGUACCCCACAAGAACCAUCCACACAGUACCAGACAGUGGCUCCUCUGAUAAACAUUGAUGAAACCUCUAAAGGACUGGCUACUGUGAACACUAAUGUGUCCUUAACUUCAGACAAUGGUCCUGAAGCAAAACGGUGGUCAGCAGACUUGGAAAACAAGCACAGCGAUCAUCAAGGUCACGCCAAGGUCAUGACAUCACAGCCACCCCCCUCCCCUACAAGGUCAGGGGUCAACAGGAUGUCAGGCUUUGCUAGCUCACUCAAGAAGAAACUAUCAGGCAACAGAGCUGUCAAUCAAACCGAGAACAGCGCAACAGGAAGUGUUCCUCAGAACCAGGAAAACCUCCUGACUCUUCAAGAUAAGGUGGAAACCUUGGAGCAGGAAUUGGAGGCCAACCAAAAGGUCAUCAAGAUUCUCCACGAGCAGUUAUCGUCGGCGCAGCAGGAGAAGCGAUCGAGCGACCAUUUUGUGCAGGCGGGAAGCGAGAAGGAGAGACUAGAGCUGGUGAGACAGAAAGACAGACAGCUGGCAGAGCUGCAGAAACAGCUGAAUGAAACUAAGAUGGAGAGAGAAGACAUGCGGUUGGACCUGAAGUUGAGUGAGAGAUCCUCACAGGAACUGAAGGAACAACUGAUGAUGUUUCAGGAGAUGCUGCAGGCCAAGGAUCAGGUCAUCAUACAGCUGACCCACCAGGUGGACGAUCUGGAACACGGCCAGACUGUCCCGACUGACACUGGAGACAACAGCCUGCUGACCAUCCAGCAGCACAGCAACCCAGUCAGUACUGCAGACUGGAUGGACGAUACUCAAAACCUCAAGGAUUCCUUAGAGGCAUUCAAGACCCAGAACAGGUUCCUGAACAAUGAGAUCUUGGAGUUGAACUUGCUGAGAAAUGACGAUGCAACAAGGGAACAGCUUCAUUUGGAAAAGAUGUCAGAACUGGAAGCCAGAUAUUACCAGAUCAAGAGUAAGUACCUGCUGCUGCUGAACGAGCUGCACACCCCCCAGAGGGGUGGGGAGGAGAGCAGGACCCAGGAGGUCAUCUCACAGCUGCUGGACGAGGCCAUCAAUGUGGAGGGGAACGAACCAGUGGAGACCGCCGGCAGGCUGCAACCAUUAAGGGAAGAGAAGUUUGACCGUUACGGCUUCAGCAUGGAAGCUGACCUGGCGGAAGCCAACCCUGUGGUCAGCAGGGCAGGGUCGUUACUGAGGAGGUCAGAGGAAAUCCAGGCCAGGUCCGCAGAGGAAAAUAUAUCCAUUGGCAUUAAAUGGGAGAACUACUUUGCUAACAUCGGGGAUCAUGACCCGGUACGCCUGCCCGAGUUGAAGUCACUGAUCCGUGCUGGCAUCCCCCAUGAGUACCGUGAGCGGAUCUGGAACUGGUGUGUGCGGCUUCGUGUCCAGGACAGCAGGAGCCAGGCCGAUGGGGCGGCGCCCAACAAGUCACAUUAUCAACACCUCCACAUUACCAACAGGGGGAAGUUCAACCCUGCUGGGAAACAGAUUGAGCUGGACCUGAUGCGGACCCUCCCGCACAACGUGCACUACGGGUCCAUGGAGUCGGAGGGGAUCCAGAAGCUCCGCAGGGUCCUGGUGGCGUACAGCUGGCACAACCCCGCCAUCGGGUACUGUCAGGGGCUGAACAGGAUCGUGGCCAUAGCUUUGUUGUUUAUGACGGAGGAGGACGCGUUCUGGUGCCUGGUGGCCAUCGUGGAACACAUCAUGCCUCAGGACUACUUCAGCAAGACUCUGGCAGGGUCUCAGGUGGAUCAAAGGGUAUUUAAAGACCUACUGAAAGAGAAGUUACCACACCUGUCCAGUCACCUGGAUAACUACAAUGUGGACCUGUCCCUCGCCACCUUCAACUGGUUCCUCACUAUCUUUGUGGACGGCAUACCGACAGACACCAUGUUGAGAAUUUGGGAUGCUUUCCUCUAUGAGGGUUCGAAGGUCCUGUUCCGUUACGCUCUGGCAUUCUUCAAAGCCAGUGAAGAAGCCAUCUUACAACAGAAGGACUACAUGUCUAUCUUCAAGUUUCUUCGCCAGAUGCCUCAAACCAUGGUGGACACAAGACGACUGGCCCAAAUUGCUUUCCACGACCUCAACCCGUUCCCCAGACGCAACAUCAACGCUCGGCGUUUGUUCCACAAGGAGAACGUCUGGGCGGAACUACGGGAGCUGGACGCCAUCCGGGAAGACUUCACCAGUUCUUAUGAGCAGAAAACAACAGACUUCCUAAGUGAUGACGAGAGCUAGUCAUCCGUUGUGCCUGUCACUGUUGAUAGUUGAAAGUGGUCUUCAUGUCAAGAACACUUCAGUACAGUUCUAUCACUUCCUGCAAGGGGGCAUAACCACAUGCAACAGAAAAGGUCUGAGCAGUAUUUUCACCCCCUGACUUAACUAUUUAACUGGACCACAUUUGUUGUUGUUUGGAUUGGACAGCUCUUUCCUCUAGCACUUUUGGGAUUGGAUAUUAUAGUGCCAUGAAGAUCUGUUCCUCUAUAUUGACAGAUGUCUUGUCUUGCCACUUACAAAAUAUAAAGUCUUGCCAUUAAUACUGUUGGGAAGUUACUCCAGAAUUGUAGAUAAAUUCUUACCAGAUCAUUGCAUCUAGUAAGUCCAUGAAUGAAAAUGCAGUGCAAAUACACUGACAGUUUGUGUGUGUUCAAUUACGAUUUCCCAAGUGCCAAGCAGAGAAAGCAGAAUGUAACAUUUCUAACAUCUUGGCUUGUAUUGUUGCAACACCUCCGUGCCCCACCAAAAAAACUUCUCCUCUAUUGUAAUUGCUCUCCGUCAUUGUGUCAUUGUAACAAAAUCUGCUUUUAUACAGCAAAGGGAUACACCCGCUUUGCCAUUACACUAGUGAAUAUGAAUAUUGCUUACAGUCUUUAAAGAUUCUGCUUCAAAGAAUAAGUCAUACAAAAUGUGAUGAUUUACCAAGGAAAUGUUGGUAAUAGGAACACACAAAGAUUUGUCACAAGUGAUAAACGUAGAAUUUGUGGAACUGUUUGCAAUACAUAUACAAUGUAACCAAGUAAAGCUUUGUUUUUAUAUUGUUUAUUUAAAACAAUGUUAAUGCUGUUAAUUUUACUGAGAAGUAUAUGCGCAAUCAAUGCAUGUUGACUUUUCUUUAAUUUGUAUUUAGCAGAGAUGAUAUUAAUGAUAUGUUAUAAAUUUUAUGAAAUAUUAAGAUGAAAUGUUCUAUGAGAGCUAUUAAGAAUAUCUGCAAUAUCAUAAUCAUAACAAAGCAAAUAUUAUAAUAAUUAUGAUAAAUUGUCAUUGUAUAUAAUCGCAAUAAUUACACACAUUUUUUUUCUUGAGCAGCGGUGCCAUGUUCUGAAUCAGCUGCCAUGUUCACUGUGACGUCAUGGACGGAAUUCAAUUUGAUUGCCUGGCAGCAGGAAUAAAAAUAUGGAUGUAUGAUUGUUAAGGUUUGGUGUUUGAUAACAUCAGAAGAGUGUAUAUUUUUUGCACAAGUGUCAAAUAGUUUGACUGUGUAGCUUAUAAUGUAUGCAAUUCUCUUGUCAG